CGUUCACGUGAUUCACGCACGACACUGAAAUUAUUGACCUAACAACUCGAUCACAACCAUUUCCGAUGGUGGUUGUAUAUUUUUCGUCGCAGGACACUAUCCAGGUCGUUUAUUUUGCUUUCUGAAUCAUUAUAUUGUUGCUUAGCAUGAGCGCCUCUUCUAUUACAAAGGAAACCAAGGAACAAUCGAAGACAGACAAUAUCAAAGCGAGUAGUACUAAAAAUGAAAAGAAGGAUACUGCGAGCAAAGCCUUAUACAUCAAAGAUAUCGGAGAUGCAUCAAAAAGGCCAACCGUACUGGAUGGCAUAAAAAAAGAAGUGAUCCACCAUGAACGCAAAUCACUGAGUAUGUGGGAAGAAAAGUACGGUUACUUAAAAGGGACAGCUUUCCAAAAAAUAUUAGCUGAGGAAUCUGCUAAGGCUGGAAUACCAAUAGAAAGGUUCAAACGACGGAAGGUGGACGCUGAAUCACAAGUCAAGCAUUUUUUCGUUAAUCUGGAGCCAUCACCGCCUAUUCCAAAGACCAGUAUUGGUAUCAUUGGGUGGCGAUCUGCUGUAGAAAAAUGUCGUUUGGAAUUCCCUGGGCAAAUGUACAUUUCUCCAAAACGCACCAUUAGCCCACCUCCAGAGCCCGACACUCUCCCAAUAACGCAACAAAGAUUUAUUUUUCUUGGUUGAAAAAUAAAUUGCUAUUCUGGACAGUAAUUUCGGUGAUUUUAUAUAAUUAUGAUGUAUUUUUAAUUCCAGAAUUGUAAAAAAUAUGAUAAUCAUGUUCAUGAAGAUCUUUGGAUAGUCUUUGGAUAAAACUUGUGUAAAAACUCAUUACAUGCGUUGACUGAUGAUUACCGUUUACCAAUCAUCAGUCAACGGUUUCAUCAAGAAUU